AUGACGGAUCGUUGCUACCGCACCCUCGGUCUCGACCGCGGCGCCGCCGAGGCGGAUAUUAAGCGGGCAUACCGCAAGAUGGCGCUGCUUCUCCACCCGGACCGAAACCCAAACGGUGCGGCGGCUUUCAAAGUGCUCCAGGGCGACUACGAGGAGGCCCUCACAGACGCGAGGCGCCGAGGCGCCCACGGGGGCGGGGUGCCACCGUUUUCCUCGGGGGCGUCGCCGUCAUGGGACCCGGCCGCACCGGCAGCCGGUGCAGCGUACCGAUUUGCGCGAGCGGCCGGUAGCGCAUGCCCGCCCUUCUUCCCCGAACCCUCCCCUGCUCCCCUGUUCACCGAUGCGGAGCUGUUUAGUGAGUCGAUCCCUGGUGGUUGGCGCGACGUCUGUGCGCGACGCGGUGCGCCGGCCCGAGGAGGCGACAAGUCAGGCGGCAGAAACAACGCCGAGGGUCGCACGGAGAAGAUACACGGUGGUAACAGCUGUGGGAGUGAAGAGGCCGCGGCGGCCGAUGCGCGGUGGCGCCGCGCACAUGGGGCACGUGUGCCCGUUAGUGCAUACGAGUUUAGCGGUCCAGUGCCACAGCCUCCGCCGACCUCAGCACAGCCGAGCCCGCACUUCUCCUCUUCCUCCUUCAAAUCGCCCUGCACACAAACGCGCGCGUCUGUCGUUGUGACGGGGUCUUUGCCGACUCCGGCGCAGUGGAACGGCUUUCUCUCACGUGAUCAUGCGUGGACGCCGUCGUCCGCUGAGGCCCGGUCAUUCGACGCCAAACAUGCAGCUGGUGGCGCCGGCAACGUUGGUAGUUCACGGGGUUGCGGUGGGCACACGGGUCAGAAGCGCGAAUCGGUGUGUGGCAGCGACACACGCGAGUCCGCCGAGGAUCGCGCGUAUCGCGAGGCUGUGUUUCUGCACCGCCGCAUGCCGGAGCUUUCGGCGAAAUCGAGAGACACGGCUGCUGAACGCACGCGAACGUACGCGCAACCGGACCGCGCGCGCCCGACUGAGGAGGUACCGGUUGACAGCAACGCCGCCGCCUCUGCAGAAAGAGGUGUCUCCCACCAGCGCAGCGACCUUCACACCACAGGCACGACGAGCAGCAGCAGGACCGAGGGCGAACCCCUCGAGGCAGCGCUAAACGAAAGGGAGGAGUUGUCCCGGCAAUGCCGAGACACGGAGACGACACUGCAGGGCGAACUCGGUGAUGGCCUCGCACCAGCCUCUCCCGAUGAUGGGGAUGCGUCAGCUCACUCCGACAAAGGGGACCGUGCUGGUGGCGCUAGUGCGGGGUUGGGGCCGUCAGCGUCAGUUCCCUUGGCGGGGUCUUGGAGCGACACAUCUCGUGCAGGCGACGCGUUCCCAGUGAAGCAGAGCGCUUUUCCGGAGCCGAACAGUGAUGAUUGGCUCCGGAGCGACUUAGCCCAUCGGGAUAGGAUCCUAGAUGAGAGCCGCCUCGUGCAGAGUGAGAGCCUUCGCUACCGCUACACCCCGAACCCGGCCGAGGUGGCUGAGAUGAGCGACAUGGAGGUUUACCUCCUAGCGUCUGUCGCGGAGGACAUCCAUCACGAGAUGCAGGCAGUCAUGGCGGCACGGCUGAGCAAGGGGCUGUGCAGCUGUUGUGCUUCGGCUCCACGAGCGCACCAACAUGGGUACUUCACCUGCACUCACCCUAGCGUCUGUGAAGGCUGCUACGUGUCAGGGGUAUCAAAAUGCCCUCUCUGCGGAGCUGCGCGUCUGGAUCGGUCGAGUCUGCCGCCGCUGCCGCCGACGACGACCGCCACCGCCUCAUCUUGGAUAGAGCAGGGUGGCACCACCGGCGCCUCUAGUGCGUGCACAGCAAUACGUGCUUCAUUGGCGUCCUCUUCCGCGCCACCGCCAGAGGCGAAAUAUAAGCCGGUAAGAGUACCCUCUGUGUUAUCUUGUGGGGAGGCUGAUGCGUGA